AUGGCCUCUAUGGAUCCGAGAAGUAAUGGCUGCGUUGCUCCGCUAAAUGAGCGGGAGAGUUCAACAAAUUUGGAAGUCGGUGAAGUGGUAGAGGUGCAAGAUGAUCAAAGUGUGGUGUCUCUUAGGUCCAACGAUUCUGACCUUCAGAAAAAGAUGAUGAAGAAAGAGGAGAAGAAGAAGGGUGGCUGGACAAACGCAAUCAUUUUGCUAGCGAAUCAAGGGUUAGCGACGUUGGCCUUCUUUGGUGUGGGAGUAAACCUGGUGUUGUUCCUAACACGUGUUAUGGGACAAGGUAACGCAGAGGCUGCCAACAACGUAAGCAAGUGGACAGGAACAGUUUACAUGUUUUCCCUCGUGGGAGCGUUUCUUAGCGACUCUUAUUGGGGUCGUUACUUGACUUGCACGAUCUUCCAAGUCAUCUUCGUUAUCGGAGUCGGCCUCCUCUCUUUUGUUUCUUGGUUUUUCUUGAUCAAACCUCGAGGUUGUGGCGAUGGGGACCUUAUCUGUAACCCUGCUUCUCCCCUCGGCGUUGGUAUCUUUUAUCUAUCUGUUUAUCUUGUAGCCUUUGGAUACGGUGGUCACCAGCCAACGCUGGCUACAUUUGGUGCUGACCAGCUUGAUGAUGAUGCAAACUCCAAAGCUGCGUUUUUCAGCUACUUCUACUUUGCCCUCAACGUCGGAGCUCUCUUUUCAAACACAAUCCUUGUCUACUUUGAGGAUAAAGGUUUGUGGACUGAAGGCUUCUUGGUGUCACUAGGUUCUGCCAUUGUUGCAUUGGCUGCAUUUCUGGCCCCGACAAAACAAUAUCGUUAUGUCAAGCCAUGUGGUAACCCUUUGCCACGUGUGGCGCAAGUAUUCGUUGCCACUGCUCGGAAGUGGAGUGUUGUUCGACCGAGAAAUCACCAGGAGUUGUAUGAAGUCGAAGGUCCUGAAUCCGCCAUUAAAGGAAGUCGAAAGAUAUUUCACAGUACCAAAUUUGUCUUCUUGGACAGAGCAGCAGUGAUUACAGAGAAUGAUAGGAAUGGGACAAGGAGCAAUGCAUGGAGGUUGUGCAGCGUAACUCAAGUAGAGGAGGCAAAAUGUGUGAUGAAGUUGCUUCCAAUAUGGCUAUGCACUAUAAUCUACUCAGUGAUCUUCACACAAAUGGCGUCUUUGUUUGUGGAGCAAGGUGAUGUGAUGGAUGCAUACGUUGGGAAGUUCCACAUCCCUGCGGCAAGCAUGUCGGUCUUUGACAUAUUAAGCGUCUUUAUAUCAACCGGACUCUACCGCCAUGUCAUAUUCCCAUACGUGAGACCCACGGAGCUUAUGAGGAUGGGGAUAGGGCUGAUCAUAGGGAUAAUGGCAAUGGUGGCUGCAGGAUUAACAGAGAUCCAACGGUUAAAACGAAUAGUCCCGGGGCAAAAAGAGAGUGAGCUCUCCAUUUUAUGGCAAAUUCCACAGUACGUGCUUGUUGGUGCGAGUGAGGUGUUCAUGUACGUUGGACAGUUAGAGUUCUUCAACGGACAAGCACCAGACGGGUUAAAGAACUUAGGAAGCUCGUUGUGUAUGGCAUCGAUGGCAUUAGGUAACUACGUGAGCAGUUUGAUGGUUAAUAUUGUGAUGGCUAUAACCAAGAAAGGAGAGAACAGCCCCGGGUGGAUACCUGAAAAUCUAAACGAAGGUAAUAUGGAUAGGUUUUAUUUCUUGAUUGCCGUAUUAGCUGCUAUAGAUUUCGUGGUUUAUUUGAUCUUUGCAAAGUGGUACCAACCCAUAAGCCAUGAUGAAGAGAGCAUCAAGGGAGGUUCUGGUGGUAAUAUGAAGAAUGUUUCUGAGUCGGAACAAGUUUGA